UGUGUCCCUGUGCACAGUCAGACGUAUUGUGCCCAUUUGCGCCACAGGAGUUAAGACCUUAUCACUGAGGAUACACUUCUCAGAAUGGCCGCCCACUGUUGGCGUCACAUGAGCUUUGGUUUGUGACAGCACACUGGGAACAUUGCAGCCAGUGACGUUCAUAACGGUAUUUAAUUGAUCUUGUUCACAUUUAUAAUCAGGCCAGGAUUUGAGAAGCAUUAUUACAUCUUUAAAAGGAGUUAAGGGUGGCAGAUUUGGUUUAAAUGCACGAUUGCUGAUUUGAUUUAUUUGUCAUUUAUUUGAUUUAUUUGUCAUUUACCAAUGCAUCCCACAGGGGAAAAGGGAUCAGACAGCCAUCAACAUAAAUGUUUAUUUACGUUACAAGCGAUGUUUUAUGGAACACUUUACCAAUGUAUUUGAGGUGUAAAAAGAAGUUAACCACUUAUGACUUAUAUGAUGCAUGACAGAUGCAAAGCUCCAUAUGAAAUGAACACAGAAGAGAGUGAGCAUCUUCUCAGCUAUUAAGCUUCUUUGUGCUAGUAGCGGAGCUACAUGAGGGCUAGCAGUUGGCAAGCAGAUGCGAAUAUGAAUGAAGGCAUGAAGGCAAUAGUUUGUAAGCCGAAUGCCACAGUUCCGGUGCAGCACCUUCCUCCCGACAGCCAACACUUACUGAGGCUUUUGAUCGACGAAAUAACCACAAGCUGUGUGUGUUGGGCUGAGUGAGGACUACUUGGGAAACAAAGUGACUCUCCCUGUGGAAAUCCUGGAUCCUCUACCCUGUCCACCAACAUGACCAACGUGGUGAUCGUCAAGGAGGGAUGGCUGCAUAAAAGAGGAGAAUACAUCAAGACCUGGAGGCCUAGGUAUUUUCUUUUGAAGAGUGAUGGUACAUUCAUUGGCUACAAAGAACGACCACAAGAUGUCGACCAGCUGGAAACCCCCUUAAAUAACUUCUCUGUAGCACAAUGCCAGCUGAUGAAGACGGAGCGACCGAAGCCCAACACAUUUAUCAUUCGCUGCCUGCAGUGGACCACUGUCAUCGAGCGCACCUUCCACGUAGAGACCCCCGAGGAGAGGGAAGAAUGGACAAAAGCCAUCCAGGCAGUUGCAGAAGGUCUGCAGAAACAAGAGGAGGAAAUGAUGGACUCCUCUCCAGACCCCAUGGACAUGGAGGUCUACCUGACCAAACCCAGACACAAAGUGACUAUGCACGACUUUGAAUACCUCAAGCUCCUGGGAAAAGGCACUUUUGGAAAAGUUAUCCUCGUAAAGGAGAAGGCCACGGGACGCUACUAUGCCAUGAAGAUCCUAAAAAAGGAGGUGAUCGUCGCAAAAGAUGAAGUGGCGCACACACUCACGGAAAACAGAGUCCUCCAGAAUUCAAAGCAUCCAUUCUUGACAGGAUUGAAAUACUCUUUCCAAACACACGACCGCCUUUGCUUUGUCAUGGAAUAUGCAAAUGGUGGCGAGCUUUUCUUCCACCUUUCAAGGGAUCGAGUAUUCUCAGAGGAGCGAGCUCGGUUCUACGGUGCAGAGAUCGUGUCGGCGCUUGACUAUCUGCAUGCUGAAAGAAACGUGGUAUAUCGAGAUCUAAAGUUGGAAAAUCUGAUGCUGGAUAAAGAUGGACACAUCAAGAUAACAGAUUUUGGCCUCUGUAAAGAGGGGAUCAAAGAUGGCGCCACCAUGAAAACUUUCUGUGGAACCCCAGAAUACCUGGCACCUGAGGUACUCGAGGACAACGACUAUGGCCGUGCUGUGGACUGGUGGGGUCUUGGCGUAGUGAUGUAUGAGAUGAUGUGUGGCAGGCUGCCUUUCUACAACCAGGACCACGAGAAGCUGUUUGAGCUCAUCCUCAUGGAAGACAUCCGCUUCCCACGGACACUCGGUCUAGAGGCACGUUCGCUGCUCUCUGGACUUCUCAAGAAAGACCCCAUGCAGAGGUUAGGGGGCGGUCCCGAUGAUGCCAAGGAGAUCAUGCAGCACAAAUUCUUUGCUGGGAUCGAAUGGCAAGACGUUUAUGAGAAAAAGUUGGUCCCACCCUUCAAGCCCCAGGUUACCUCGGAGACAGACACGCGAUAUUUUGAUGAGGAGUUCACUGCACAGACCAUCACCAUUACGCCACCCGGACAAGACGACAGCAUGGAGUCCUUCGACAGCGAGCGGAGGCCCCACUUCCCUCAGUUCUCUUACUCUGCCAGUGGGGUGGCCUGAACCGCACUUCCACAUUCCUCCGCUCCUACCAUCAACUCCCACCAAAACCCUCCUCUUCCGCCCGACUGCACCCUCCACAAAGACUGGGGCCUCUGCCUCGUCCUCCCAGCAUUCUCUACGUAUAGCCAUUGCAGAACAUCACCUUCACCUCAUCUCCAAACUUGUGUUCUCCAGGAAGCGGGAAGGGCGAGAGGACACAAACAGAGCCGUGCAAGUUUGCAGUUAACACUAGUCUUCAUCUCCUGGUUGUCACGUUGUCUGGCGUGCAGGCAUCCACACACAUAAACAUACACACACACACACACACACACACUAUUAGUUUUGAUGCAAAUAUUGAGCUACUGCCAUGAGUUGCAAGAAGGGCUGUUGUUUCUUUUUUUCAAACCCUAAUUGAACAGGAGUCAAUCAUUUCAAGUACUAAUAAAUAGUACCAUGGACCAAAAACAUACAAUAAUCUGGUGUGUGUGCCUGCGUGUGUGUGUGCUUGUGUUUAUCGGUUGACUCCACUCCAAAUCAAAACCAAACCUUUCAAGACAUUUACCCGGGUCUCAAAAGUGAAUGUACCGUUUGAAAUAAAGGCAAUCUUUCGUGCAUGUAAACACCUCAAUGAGUGUAAUGAAUCAGUUACGUGAAAGGCAGAGCAAUGGCAAAGGGUUUGAUUAUUGUUAAGGUAAACCUCCUAGAUCUAAGUGUUUGCACACAAAGAUGUUUCUAGUUUCUCGUUGCCUUCCUUUUUUUUCUAAAUGCUGCGCAGCGAACUGAUCCCGAAAAUGUUCGGGCCCUCGCUGAAUCCUCAGAACCUCUUCUCUCCUGUAGAGUUUUCUUUCUAGUAAAGAGUAUUGGGUGUUUUUCAUCCAGUGCUUCCUCUGCAGCCUCAGUGAGGUCACUUUAACAUGAUACAUUUCUGUAGUAACACAAAGUGGGCUUCAGGGGAAAAUUCACCAAGAGUCAUUUUUCAUUUGCGUCUUACAGGGAAUUUGUGUCCCUUCACCAAUUUCUUAUUUAUAUGAGACCAGCAUUUAACUAUUAUUAACGAGUUUUAAUGUGCCAAUGAAAUGCACCUUCCUUCCCCAAAAUGAUUGUAUCUGGAUUUUUGUAUUUUGUGGUUGGUAAAGACUAAAUUAGUAUGUGAUAUUCAAUUGUUGUGAUAAGUUAAAAUCUUUUAAAAAAAAACAUAGCUGCGGCUAAACUGGGAUCGUUGAGAACCUGCACACUUUCAAGUGUUUUUCAGUCUGGUUAAGAUGACAGAUAAUCAUUUUUCAAAAGUGCAUUAUGCCUUAUUGAAUGUAACGGUUUUUAUUCUUCGUUUUCACUUCAAACGUUUUUGAUUUUUUUUUUAACCUGAUUGUUGCUUAUUCCUAUGCACACCCCCCCUUUUUGCGGUCACCUUAUGAAAAAUAGGGAAAUUCAUUUUAUAUUUUUUAUUUUUAGUGCAACUUUUUUUGUACCUGCCCUACCAUAAUAUUCACAAGACUGAGGACACCAGCUUUAGUAAACAAAUAAUAUAAACUUUGUACACUGUUUUUACUUGUUUCUUUCAAACUGAUGGAAUAAAAGGUCUUAACAAUG